AUGGCGAGGAAACGCAAUCGGGAUCGGCCGACGGCACUCAACGAGCGUCGCAAGCGCGGGACUUGCAUCAAAAGGGGACUGGGAGAACUGGACGACUUGGACGCCGCCCCUCCCUCGCAGACGCCUGCGUGCGUCAAAGUGCAGACUGGCGCUGCCGCGCCCAAGUGCCUCGCUGGAAAGGCCUCCACUGAUACUUCAAACAUGGCUGUGGUGAGUGGCGCAUUAGCGGCGGAGGAGGAGGAUGUGUUCCCCUCGGCACCUCUUUCGUCUUCCUUCUCUUCGGCGCCCAGUGUGUUUGGACGCGGGUGGGAUGAGUGGAAAUGUGUGAAGCAGCUGCUAUUUGCUGCCCAGGACGGUGCGGGCGCGACGGAGGCGAGGCGCAAGGCUUUGGAUCGCAUCCAACUUGUGUGGAAGGCACGUGAGCGUAAGCAUCGACCGCUUCCGGCGUACGCGGAGGCCACGGCGCUGCUGAUGGAAGCCGUUUUACUUGAUGAGGGGGGCCACCUUUCGUCGUCGGGGGCUGUGUCUUUCUACGGUGCGGCCAUAUCGCGCUCGGUGCAUCUCAUGACAGGCACCUUCGCUCGUGGGGCCGCGGACACUUACAGGAAGCGGGCCCGCAUGAUUGGCUUUCCCGAGGAGGCGGUGGAGGUACGCCAGCGCGUGGCGCAUGGCGCCCUCCCGCUCCUCUCUGAGCUUCGCUGGGUCUGUGGGCUUGUGCUACAGUUCUUGUUUCAGCACUACUGGGUGGAGCAGGAGCGGCAUUUGCGCCUCAUGGAGGCGGAGGAGGAGGAGGAGGCAGAAGUUGCGGAGGACGACGCGAUGUCUGCGGCUGAGCCUCAACACAAUGCCCAAAGUACGACGGUGGAGGAGAUGCGGCAGCUGCUUGAGGACCUCAGCGAAGUCAGUGAGGGCGCCAGCACUGACGCGAGUGGCCCUGCCGAGGUUGCCCACGGUGGGUGGCAACUGUGUUAA